GCUGAAUCGGGGCACUCGCAGCAGUCUUGAAAUCAUAUUUUGCAAGUCGUAGUGUUGGAGUGAAACUAUAAAAACAUGGGUAUUCUUGAUAGAAUCGCGGAAAUAGAGGCAGAGAUGGCCAGAACUCAAAGGAAUAAAGCUACCAUGGGUCAUCUUGGCUUACUGAAGGCCAGGUUAGCAAAGCUUCGAAGAGAGUUAAUUGAACCAAAGGGUGGUGGUGGAGGGACAGGGGAGGGCUUUGAUGUGGCGAAGACUGGUGAUGCUAGGAUUGGAUUUGUUGGGUUUCCAUCAGUAGGCAAGUCCACUCUUCUUAGUAAUCUUGCUGGGGUGUAUUCUGAAGUAGCUGCUUACGAGUUUACCACCCUCACGACUGUGCCUGGUGUCAUUAGAUAUAAAGGAGCAAAAAUUCAGUUGCUUGAUCUUCCGGGUAUUAUUGAGGGAGCAAAGGAUGGUAAAGGAAGAGGGAAACAGGUCAUUGCGGUGGCUCGAACCUGCUCAAUCAUCUUCAUUGUGCUUGAUGUGUUAAAACCACUGCAGCAUAAAAAGUUACUUGAAUACGAGUUGGAAGGAUUUGGUAUCCGUUUGAAUAAAGAACCUCCAAAUAUUUACUACCGGAAAAAGGAAAAGGGUGGCAUAAAUCUGCAGACUAUGUGUGCCCAGUCUGAGCUUGACCUGGACACAGUCAAGACGAUUCUUGGCGAAUACAAGAUCCACAAUGCUGACAUUACCUUGCGAUGUGACGCAACACCUGAAGAUCUUAUUGAUUGUAUUGAGGGAAACAGAAUCUAUGUUCCUUGUAUAUACGUUUUAAACAAAAUCGAUCAGAUUUCUAUAGAGGAGCUGGAUAUCAUUUAUAAAGUUCCCCACUGCGUUCCUAUAUCUGCUCAUCACAAAUGGAACUUUGAUGAUUUAUUAGAAAAAAUGUGGGACUAUCUAGCUUUGGUUCGAAUUUAUACCAAACCGAAAGGUCAGCUUCCAGAUUACACAUCACCUGUAGUCUUGAAAGCUGGAUCGACAACAGUGGAAGAUUUUUGUCUCAAAAUUCACAAAGCCAUCUUGAAGGAAUUCAAGCAUGCUCUUGUUUGGGGAUCAUCGGUGAAACAUCAGCCUCAGAAGGUGGGAAAGGAACAUGUCCUUGCAGAUGAGGAUGUCGUGCAAAUUGUGAAAAAGGUGUGAUGAAGGCUGCCAUGAUCGUUCUAUUGUCACAGGCGAAGAGUUCAUUAGAAGUAUGAAAGAUCUUGUGAAAUUGCCACCUUGAAAAACCUUACUUUCAGCUAAUUCAAGAAUAUCAGUCUUGAAAACAGGGGCAUUGCGCAAACUUAUUAUCACACUGAAUCACCCAAAAAGGAAUAUGGGUUUGUCCUUGUCUGUCCAUGCGUCUGUCCGGUCUUAUGACUUUGGAAAUUACUAAGAGAUUUGUAGUCAGAUUCAUAUUACUGUGGGGUUGGGGUGUUGAGGCUAGUUUGGUGCCUAGCAGUCCUCGGCCCUAUCCAGUAUCAGGUUUGGUUGCCAGGCAGCCAUCUUUGAUUUCGCAUUCUGGACGUUAACUGCAGAACAAGUCACGCAAGGUGGGCUUGAAUUUUCUGUGGCGUGACAAAGUCAGGCCAGUGGGAAAAGUGUCCUAGUGAUUUUGGCCCAGAUCCGGUAUUCCGUAGUGUACAUGCAGAACAAGUCACCAAAUGUUCUGUAGCGUGAUGGGAUGGGGAGGGGAGAGGUGUCCUGUUGAUUUUGGCCAGAUCCAGUAUCCCUUAUGACCGCCAUGCAGCCAUCUUUGAUUUCUCAUUCCAGACUGUAACUGCAUAGCACAGCAGUAAUAAAGUUUUAGCCAUUUUCAAGUUAAAUUGGUUUAUCUACAUGCUCUUAACUUUUUCCAAGACGUAUCCAGAGAAGAACCCUUUCCCAGCCAAAUAGGCCUACCCUAGCCUGUUAAACCAUGACAUUUUCAUUCUGUGUUAUGCAUGAUAACCCAGGAGAACCAAUUCCCCAAAUUGUCGAGCAUCUUAUUAUGCUGUCCAGUUUGCCGAGCUUACCUUUCCCAGGACAGAUUUAUUUAAUAAAUUUAGAAAAACUGUGUUGGGUCUUUCAAUGCAAAAUUGUUGUAUUCAUCUGGUGAUGGGUCUUUCAAUGCAAAAUCGUUGUAUUCAUCUGGUGAUAAGGUUCUUCAAGCAUAAUUUGCAUCUAAUAAAGAUAAACAUGCUGGUUUGUCCUAUUGACAGCGAGCAAAUUGUAAAAUAUGCAUGGAUGGAUUUUGUGCGUGCCCCACAGAGUAACCCGCUUGUUUAUCUAACUCGAAAUUUUGUGCAUGUGAUGACAUUGUCCAUGUUACCAGAUGGACACAGUAUAUAUUAAUAAAUAUACCAACAAGCACUCAUUUUGGAUGUUUUCUUAUGAGGCAGCCAUUCUCCCGGACCUCUUGUAUAUAUCAAGAAGCGCCAUCAAAGGCAGUCUGCUCGGUAAAUUGGAUGGCCUGAUAAGGUGCUCAGGAAUUCAUUCUCCAGGGUGAUGAUGAUUUCAUGGCCUGGGUGGUCUGAAGUUAGGGGUGAUUUUUGCCUAAAAAACACAUUAGUAAGCCAAUUGGACUGAUACUUCAUCACUUUUUGCAGUGCUCUAAGGGAGAAAAAAAGUAUUGUGAGUUUAAAACAGCACCAAGUUUGGUCCAGGAGAGCUGUUGUGAGCUGAUUUUUUUCACUCAACCAUAUUUCGUGCAGAUGUCUUCAGGCGAGCGGUGUGCUUUUACUCGAGGUUGAAGUUGGGUGUGUGUAGAUAAUUUGCAGUGGAUAUUUGACCGUGCCUCGGUUUCAUUUGCUUUUCCCUAUUUAGCCGUAACUUCCGUUUGACAUGCGCAGUUAAUGAUUUUCCGACUUGGAUAUUUUAGAUUUCUACUGUUUCUGCCGGCAAUGGCCUUACGGCAAUUGUAUACGAAAUGUUAUUUUGUCGGACGGCGCACACCGGUCUUCUGCACAAGGGGUAACACCGCACUUUCAUAGAAAAUUUAAUCCACGCUGUUCUUGUUUGACGCUUUAGUAGUGCAUUCAACAGCCGAAAGACUAAUACAUUCGUCAUCAACUGUGAGCGUGCUGCAUCUUGCCAUCAUCAUCACCAGAUUUAAACAUGUCAAAACUGCCAGUUUCAUCAUUUCUUCAUUUGAAACUCCCCCCCCCUUAGUCACAAUUUAAGAAGAAACUAUAUCAUAAAUGGAAAUUACCAUUCCACUGUGCGGAAAAGUUCAUCUGAUCGUGACAUAUGUAACGACAAAAAAGUUAGUUUUUAGCUCACCUCUUAGCAGAGGUGAGCUUAUCCCAUACCGUGGCGUCCGUCGUCCGUCGUCGUCGUCGUCGUCGUCGUCGUCGUCGUCGUCGUCGUCGUCGUCGUCGUCGUCGUCGUCGUCGUCGUCGUCGUCGUCGUCGUCGUCGUCGUCCGUCGUCCGUUAGCAGGGCACGUUUCGUAACUGUUAGAGCUGUUGAGUUGAAACUUGGUACACAUGUACCCUAAUGUAAUGACACCUGGGAGACCAAGUUUCGGUCCGAUUCGUUUCAUGGUUUGGCCACCAGGGGGCCAAACGUUAAAAGUGAAAAUAUGCAAUAUCUCCCUUAAUAGUAGUCGGGAAAUUUUGAAAAAAAUAUGGUAGGUACUUCUAGCAAAGGUGCAUCAUAUAUCCUCCGGGUUUUUGAUUUGACCUCCUUCUCAAGGUCACAGAGGUCAAAUGGUGUAAAUUGGCCGUUAGGAUGUAACGAUGGCACGUUUCUAAACUGCAAUGACUAUUGAUACCAAAUUUGGUACACAUUUACCCCUUAGUCAGCUGAUCUCAGGGACCGAAGUUUGGUCCAAUAUGAUUCACCACUUGACCACCAGGGGGCAAAAUCCAAAAACCUUAAAAAUGUGAUUAUUCCUUAACUUCUUGCCCGAUUGCCACCAAUUUGAUAUCAUGGGUACAUCUAACCACCAUACAGUAUAUGUCACACAGGUUUUUAAUUUGACCUUCUUGUCAAGGUCACAGAGGUCAAAUGGCGUAAAUUCGCCGUCAGGCUGUAACUAUGGCACGUUUCUUAACUGCAAUGACUAUUGAUCACAAAUUAAGUACACAUGUACCCCUUGGUCAGGUGA